UCCAGCAUUAUGUGUCUACAUUCGAUAGUGUGCGGUCGAGUUUGCUCGUGAAUUGAAGAAAAACAUCGUAAAACGGUUAAUAACUUAGUGUAGAGUGUUUUUGUUUGAACGAUUGCAGAAGCAAUCUGCUCAUUGCUUAAUGUGGCAAAAUGUGGAAUUAUUAUACAAAGCUAAUCAGUGCCGAUCGCGUAUUUUGAUCAUCAAAUUGAUUUGAGUGAAAUAUUAUGAAUUAAAAUGUUGUCAAUUUACAGUUGUUUUACAGUGCAAUUGUGUAAAUAUCGUAAGAUUGUCGAUUUUAAAGUGCAAAUGUUCAACGAAAUGAAAUAUUAGUCUAAAAAAUGGAAUAAAGUGAAAGCUUGUGCUGUGAAUUUUGAUGAAACAUUUCAAGUAUACAACUAAAGUCGUUAGUGUUUCCGGCCACUAAACCUUGAGAUCCUCAGGAAUGAAAAUGAGUCAGCUGGGAACAGUUUAUGCCACCAAAAGGAGGCGUCGCAAUGGCAAAAGUAUCAAGACUACACCAAAAGAGGGCAUCACGAAAAGCAAUCCUUCCAAAAGACACCGGGAGCGGCUAAACGCAGAGCUAGAUCUUUUGGCUUCGUUACUUCCAUUUGAGCAAAACAUAUUGAGUAAGCUGGACAGAUUAAGCAUUCUUCGGCUGUCGGUGAGCUAUUUGAGGAUUAAAAGCUAUUUUCAAGUGGUGAUGCACAAAGAAAAGGGUGAAAAUGGAUUGAUGCCACACUCCGUUUCAGAGGAAAGCUAUCGGGCGCGAGAUUUUACUUCCUAUGAUCAUAGCUUUAUAGUGGACAGCGACAUGUUUUUGCAGGCACUUAAUGGUUUCAUUAUGAUUCUCACCUGUGAGGGAGAAGUAUUCUUUGCAACACACACCAUAGAAAGCUACCUAGGAUUUCAUCAGUCCGAUAUCAUCCAUCAAUCCGUAUACGAGCUGGUACAUUCUGAAGACCGUGAAGAGCUGCAGAAACAACUGUUGUGGAACUCCUUCCUGCCAGCUGAUCUAUCCGGUAUUCAGCUGUCCGAAGCUUUAGUGCCUGAAAAGGAUAAGCUUUUGGAGCGAAGCUUUACCGUUCGAUUUCGCUGUUUGUUAGACAAUACUUCCGGCUUUCUGCGCUUGGAUAUACGUGGCCGGGUGAAGAUACUACAUGGACAAAAUAAAAAGAAUGAAGAGCCUCCACUUGCUCUGUUUGCAUUUUGUACACCAUUUGGGCCUCCCAGCUUACUAGAGAUUCCACCGAAAGAGAAUAUGUUUAAGUCCAAGCAUAAGCUAGACUUUUCGCUUGUUUCUAUGGAUCACAAAGGGAAAAAUACUCUGGGAUAUUCCGAUUCCGAGCUGGCAAACAUGGGAGGAUACGAUUUGGUGCACUACGAUGACUUAGCUUACGUGGCAAGCGCUCAUCAGGAACGUGAGUAUGAAACGAUUAAUCGACAAGAGCACGCAUUACACUUUAAAACCUUUUACAUUUGGGUUAUUUCAGUACUAAAAACGGGAGCCUCGGGAAUGAUCGCCUAUCGGUAUCAGAAGAAGGAUGGUGCAUGGCAAUGGCUGCAAACAAGCUCUAGGCUGGUGUAUAAAAAUUCCAAGCCUGACUUUGUCAUCUGUACCCAUCGUCAGCUGAUGGAGGAAGAAGGGCGGGAUUUACUCGGCAAACGCACGAUGGAUUUUAAAGUUAGCUAUUUGGAUGCUGGCAUCUCUUCGACCUAUUUCGAGUCGGAACAGUUGAGUAUAGUAAGCUCAAAUAAUAGCAGCGCGCCCAGUUCGCCGACCACAUCUCAGCAACGUGCCAAUCGGCGUUAUAAAACACAGCUGCGCGAUUUUCUCUCCACCUGUCGCCACAAGCGCAAGCUACCGAACCAAUGUGCUGCCGAACAGGUUUCGCCUAGUGUGUCCGUAGUGGAUUACAUUCCUGGUGGACCGCCAGGUACGGCGGCCGCGGCAGCCGCUGUGGCUGCAGCUGCCUAUUCCAACAGCAUUAAUAGUGUGUAUUCGCCUGCAGCACACUUUCCCGGCACUGCGCCAGACAACGUGUAUAUGACCGGGCCGGUUCACUCGUCGAAUUUUUACCCGAUGCCCGAUAAUCUUUUCCACCAGUAUCGGCUGCAAGGUGUAAGUGGCUACUAUCCCGAGUAUCAUACCAGCACUAGUGCAUCCACCUUUGUUCCUACUAACGGGCUUAUUCCGUACGACAGUUAUGGAAUCACUAAAGAGGACACCAUGCGAUGGCAUGAGGGGACAAAGAGCUACGGUCCACCCGGCGAGUCAGGCCAAUCGCACCCGGCCAGUGCCGAAUCGUCGCAACAACCGGAUGCAGCUAGUGGAUGUGCCACAAGCGAAGCACCAUAUCUGGUUAGUGGCUUUGCUGCAGCUGCAGUCGGUACCGAUCCUCGAUCCCCUCAUGUUCCCAAAGGCUCGUGCCACCAGACUGUUAAAAGUAUUUCCCCACACUCAUCCGAGGAGCUGGUCGAUCCUUGCUGUACGGUAGAUGGUAACGCCACACCGACCAAAGAUUCAAUCGAUCGUCACGCACACCAUGGCAGCCAGGCGCAUCAUGGGCCGCACAGCACACAACACCACCAUCCCGGUACCCAUCAUCAAGCCUCCCACCAUAAUGCUCACCACCACCAUCACCAACAUCACCAAGCUGUGCAACAUCAUCAGGAUAUUCAGCAGCUGCAUCCGCACACGCAUCCUCAUUCGCAUCCCACUCAUCGCCAUCGGAACGGUGAUGGGACGGAGGAACACAAAUUGGGCGGCGUAAAAUCACCGGCCGCUUCCUCGUCGCCUAUCCGCCACAACGAGCCGCAGCGCCAGACCGUUCUGAUGUGGGGUGAUGCUCGACACAAGCGAUACACUGAACGGACUGAAUUAUUCGAUGUUACCAAACGCGAUCGACCAAAAUUACAUUGCUGAUCUUCGCCGCGAUACAGCUUGGAGCACUGGUAUGGAUAUUAUGCUGAUCAGACGCUCUAAUCACACCUUGAUCCAGCAAGAUUGGACAUAACAUUCGUACUACGCACACAAUCUACACGAACUAUAUAAACAGUACUAUCAAUAAUAGAUAAUUGAGUGUGCAGGGAUCUACAUAUCAGGUGUCCAGAAACGAAAAAGCACCUCGUAAUAACUGUUUUUCGUGACAUUAUGGAAGAUGGCAAUGGUUUCAUUGGAUGCAACACGCUUAUUAUAAUGACCUCCUGCAGCUGAUAUUUUUACUAUGUUAGUCUUUCAGCAAACGUGUGAAUAUUCCCACUACCAAGAGCAUUUGUGAACAGCUGAUAAUUCAAACAUCUGUUAAAAAUAUAAUAAAAUGUCUCUUAAGAUUGAGACACCUUGACUACUAGCUAGAAGAGUAGAUCAGUCAUAUAAUAAAUAAAUAUUAACUAUAAAGUUUAUUUAGUCUGCGGUAUCAAUAUUCAACUAGCUCGUUGUGAUCAAACGUAACUAUUUAUAAUUAAUCACUAUUGUUCACAUUGAAAUCUUAUGUAAACAUUGAAACAAUUAUUUAAAAUAAAGCUAUUUCCUGUGCUUAAAAUCAAACAAACU